AUGAAUACUGAAACGCCAAAAAGGACUUCUAGUCCAAACUGGCACACCUCUUACGUCAAAACCAAUAUUUUUAAUAACUUAAAUCCCAUAUGCCAAGCCAACCAACAGUUAAUUCUCAAGGGGAAGUUCGUGAUCAUCCACAACCAUACCAAAUCAAUACCUGGAAAAUUAAUUUCUGUUCAGAUUUAUAGUGGGACAGAUGAGGAUCCUGAUACAGGUAAAGGGAUGUUGAGCGGAAAAGCAAAAUUCAAACAAUGUGAGAGCAUAAAACAUAACCAUGAUGCACCAACAACCAUAUAUAAAAUUAAAAUACAUGUUGGCUCACACUUUGGAACUCCAAGAGCUUUUGUGAUUCAAAGCCAACACAAUAAGAAAUUCUUCCUUCAGUCUGCAUCUAUUGAGACUUCUAACAACCGCAUCAUUCACUUUGAUUGCAAUUCUUGGGUAUAUCCAAUCAAGAAGACCAAAUCUGACAGACUCUUCUUCUCAAAUAGAUGCUAUCUUCCAAGUCAGACGCCAAGAGCACUAGUGGAACUAAGAAAGGAAGAGCUGGAUAGAUUGAGAGGAAAUGGAAUGGGAGAAAGAAAGGAAUGGGAUAGAAUAUAUGACUAUGACUUGUAUAAUGACCUUGGUGAUCCUGACAAAGGUCCAGAGCACCUUAGACCAAUCCUUGGUGGCUCAAGGUUGUAUCCAUAUCCACGUAGAGGAAGAACAGGUCGAAAACAUAGUAUAGCAGGUCCAUCGAGUGAGAGCAGGCCACAACCAAUGAGCUUUGACAUGUAUGUUCCAUCAGAUGAGAGAUUUAGCCCCAAUAAAUUGAAGGAGCUGAAAUCAUAUUGUGUCCAUGCUAUGGUACAUUUUCUAUCAACAAAGGCAGAAUUAAUACCACAACGAAGUUCCGCAAGUGUUCAAUCAUUCGAAGAGAUAUUUGACAUGUUCUCUGGAAAUAAGAACCAAACAAUAGAGGGAUGGAUGAAAGAGAACUUAAAGAAAGUGAUACCGAUAGAUCACUUUAAGGAGAUAACUCGUGCGAUCAAGGAAAACCAUGAGCAACUACCUUUUCCUCAAAUCAUUGCUGAAAAUGAAUGGGCUUGGAAAGAUGACAUGGAAUUUGGACGACAAAUGCUUGCAGGAACUCAUCCUGUCAGAAUCCAGUGCUUAAAGAAAUUCCCACCUAGAAACAAAUUUGGAGUACGGAGUUCAAUAAAACAAUCAAUCAUAGAACAGAAGCUGGAAGGAUGGACACUUUCUCAGGCAGUGGAACAGAGAAGAAUAUUCAUUCUGGACCACCAUGACUAUCUCAUUCCAUAUUUGAACAGAAUAAAUGCAAAUGGAGUAUGUGCUUAUGCAUCCAGGACUCUAUUUUUCUUAAGGAGUGAUGGCAUGCUUAAGCCAUUGGCUAUAGAACUUAGCUUGCCAGGUCCAUCUCCACACCUUGAAUUCCAUAGAGUUAUUCUUCCAGCCAAGCAGGGAACACAAGCAGCACUUUGGCAGCUCGCAAAAACUCAUGUUUUAGCUAAUGAUGCUGUUUACCAUCAAUUAAUGAGUCACUGGUUAUACACCCAUGCAGUUGUUGAACCAUUUAUCAUUGCCACCAAAAGAAGGCUAAGUGUUAUGCAUCCAAUCCAUCGGUUAUUGAACCCUCAUUUCAAAGACACAAUGCACAUAAAUGCCUUGGCACGACUUUACCUUUUAAACUCAGGAGGAAUUCUGGAGAGAAUAUUAUUCCCUGGUGAAAUCUGUAUGCAGAUAUCUUGUGACCUUUAUAAAGAGUGGAGAUUCGAUGAACAAGGACUUCCUGCUGAUCUACUCAAAAGGGGCAUGGCUGUGGAAGAUCCAGACAUAAAUAACCCCACUGGGAUUCAGCUUAUGGUGUUGGACUAUCCCUAUGCCACUGAUGGACUUGAAAUAUGGGUUGCCAUCAAAGAAUGGGUGAUGGACUUUUGCUCAUUCUUCUACGAGGAUGAUGAGGCCAUUGAGGCUGAUAUAGAACUCCAAGCAUGGUGGUCAGAAAUUAGAACUCAAGGCCAUGGUGACAAACACAAUGACACAUGUUGGUACGAAAUGACAAAACUCUCACACCUUGUAGAAACAUUAACAACCCUCAUAUGGGUUGCUUCUGCUAGACAUGCAUCCUUAAACUAUGGCCAAUAUGCAUACAAUGGUUACCCUCCAAACCGUCCCACACUAUGUAGGAAAUUUGUUCCACUAGAAGGGACAGUUGAGUUUGGUGAAUUUCUCAAGGACCCAGAUAAGUUUUUCCUUAAGAUGCUACCUGAUAGGUUUGAGAUGAGUCUUGCAGUAGCAUUGGUUGAUGUGCUCUCAAGGCACACUUGUGAAGAAGUGUAUUUGGGGUGCCACCAAUCACCAGGGUGGAUAGACAAUGAAGUAAUUCUGAACAGGUUUGCUGAGUUCAAACAAGAUCUCAAGGAAAUUGAGACAAGGAUCAUGCAAAGGAAUAGAGAUCCGAAGCUUAAGAAUAGGCGUGGCCCAGCAAACAUUGAGUACACUCUUUUGUACCCUGAUACAUCUACUUCUUCUAACUCAAGAAGUGGAAUCACAGGUAGAGGAAUACCUAAUAGCAUAUCAAUUUGA